AUGGGUGAAUUACCACCAGCAACUUCAUUGAAUGACUUGUUGUCGCAGCUAAUGAGCAUAUCAGAACAAUCCUUGGAUGACCAUACUCAGCAAAGGAAGCAGCAGCUGCAGAAUCAUCGUAUGAAAAAUGCUUUAUUUGAAGUUUUAUGCGAAAUUAAGGAAAAAACAGCACUUUCCAUUCGAGGUGGUCAAGAAGAGGCACCAGAAGAUCCACAGCUUAUGCGACUAGAUAAUAUGCUGGUUGCCGAAGGUGUGGCUGGUCCGGACAAUCGUGGACCAAUUCAGAGUGAUACCAGUGGUGGUGAUCAAGCUGAUUAUCGGCAAAAACUUACUCAGAUUAGACUGGUAUACAGUGAAGAGUUACGGAAAUAUGAAGAGGCUUGUCAAGAAUUUACUCAACAUGUUGUAUCGUUGCUACGUGAACAAAGUCGAACUCGACCAAUUGCAAACAAAGAAAUUGAGCGGAUGGUUGCUAUUAUACAGAAGAAAUUUUCCGGAAUACAGGUACAACUGAAGCAGUCAACCUGUGAAGCAGUAAUGAUUCUUCGCUCACGGUUCCUUGAUGCCAGGAGAAAACGGCGAAACUUCAGCAAGCAAGCUACGGAAGUGCUGAACGAAUAUUUCUACUCACAUUUAAGUAAUCCUUACCCAUCAGAAGAAGCAAAAGAAGAGUUGGCACGACAAUGUCAGAUUACUGUUUCCCAGGUGUCGAAUUGGUUUGGCAAUAAACGAAUAAGGUACAAAAAAAAUAUAGCAAAGGCUCAAGAAGAAGCCAACAUGUAUGCAGCUAAAAAAGCUGCGCACGCUGCGAAUCAAUACGGUAUGUUGGCAGCAGGGACAUCAGCAGCCGGAAGCAUGCUCAAUUAUCCAGCAAUGCUUCCAGGACAGGAUCUUGCACAUCAUAUGACUGCUGGUCUUGAUUUCACUGCCGGUUAUAAUCCUCAGCUGACGCUACCCACAGUAAGCGGUGAACCACCAAUGAAGAAAUCGAAAAAUGAAUAG